GCAUGUAUAGCAUGUCCUAGAGUGGCAAGUUCACUUUGGCUAUAUAAACUCUGCAGCAAGACAUCUGGGGGCAAAAGUGGAUAAGAGCAUGUUUCCAGCUCCCUUGGAUGCUUCAAGUAUUACUAUGAGUAGAUAUAGAGCGCAAGGAUCCAGACCCUGCGACUCUUAAUUACAGUAUUACAGAUUAUUCGUAAGAUAUUGUUGUUACAGCCUGUGCAGACAGGUAGGUUGAGAUGAGCGUUACUCUUCCUUCGAUAUGCGGAAGAAACAGAGUCGCUAAAAACCUCAGUACCCCAUCCCAGGUAUAAAACGCCUUGUAAUGCCCGAGAAGAUAUCUGCCGCUGAAUUAAGUGGCCACAAUUCAAGUGGCUCACUUGUCCAACGCCUGCCGUAAGUGAGAGGAGAUGUUGUACAUGAUCCGUAUGCGCCUUGAUGCCCUCCAAAAUCCGAGUAUUAGUAUACAGUUUCUCCGGGUCCUACCCGGGUACUUUCAUUUCCGUUGUCGCUUCUAGACUCUCCAGUGAGAAGCUUUCCAAUCGCUGCCAUUAUGUUGUCGUGCGAGCCUUAUCUCUCCCUGUUGUACAAUCGUAUCAUUCCCUAAAUCAUGGCUUGCUCUUGCCCAUCUUCGGCGACAUAGGAGGGAACAGUCUGCAAUCCGACUUCAUUUUCUUCACAAACACCAAAUACGCCUCCAGAGCUUCGACCUUUGUGGGGAACGUCGUGCUACGGUCCAUCCACAUCUUCAAGUACUUGUCUGAGCUCAAGUCUUUCAAGGCUGCGUACCACUCUCCUGAUGAGGAUGAUUGCUUUAAUGAAAUAGCAAGGUGUCUCCCUCCUAGCCCUGUUAUAUGGCUUGCUUGUUUUAGGCAGGCAGCUUUUAACUCGUUGACUUCUGCAUCCUGCUCCGGUGGUUCCUGUGCAAACGAGCCAAUUCCGAUUUUCGACAGGAUAUCCGAGCGUACGGGUUUUGAAGACGCGGCCUUUGGGGACUUUGGGGAUGGGAGCUUCGGGGAUGCAACUUUUGGAGACGUGGACCUUGAUGAUGAUGUCUUCGAGGACGACGUCUUCGAAGAUGAGGUCUUGGAGGACGAAGUUUUGGAGGAUGAGGUUUUUGGAGCCGUGGUUUUCGAGGACGACGCGGUUGCCGAGGAUGUGUUUUUGGAUGAUGAGGGUUUCGAGGAUGAGGCCUUCGGUGUUGGUGUGCUCGGUGUUGGCGUCUUCGGGGGUGUGGUCUUUGCGGGCGGAGUCUUUGAUGUUGGGGUCUUUGGCGCCUCGAUUUUAGGACUCGCGGUUUUUUUGGAUGCGCUCUUCGAGGGCGUGGUUGGUGCGGGCGUAGCCGUAACCUUUGAGGGUGCCCACUUCGCGGUCACGGUCUUCGAGGGCACGACUUUUGGCGGUUCCACAGGCGGAAUCAGAGCACUCGCCGCGCUCGUCACGGGUGCUGAAGGCUGGAAUUGCCCGCUCGCAAUCUGUCGCGCUCGUUCCUUUACACUGAGAAACAUGUUGGUUGAGCGAUGUGAUGGGGUCAGACGUACUGUGGAACGCGUCGGGGCAUUCACACACUUUCAAUGACUACCAGGACACAUUCCACUACGCAUCGGCCAGCAUGCGGACAUGGGCGCACGCCGGAGAGGUGCUAACGGGCGAGCCGAGAUUCGACCAACAUCCAUCUCAGGAGAAGAGAGGUGGCAAAUGGAAUGGUAAUUACCGGUAAGCGGACACGUUGUGCCAGCUGGGCGGUGCGCGGUCUCUGCCGCGGCAGCCGUCCGUUCGUCCCGCCUUCUAGAA